AAAAGUCACAGUCAAACUAACAUUGUGUUUUUUAUCAGCAAUAAGAAAAGUUCUUGUUUAAUGUUUUGUAGCUGGUAUAUGUGAGUUUCUACAAAGAGAAAUCAUGAACUUUAGACUCUCAUCACUGAUCCUGCUGUUACACAUUCAAGGGUUCCUAACAUUGGAUAAGUUUACUGUAACCUGUGAUGAACAGAAUAUUUGUGCUGUGAAGGGAGGACUGGUGACAGUGAGGUGCGAUUACUCAAACAUCAACAUCACAACUGGGUUCUGGUUCAGUCAGAAACAGAGAACAAACUGGAGAAACAAAGAUGAACCUGAAGAUUUGACUUUAGAUUCAGAUUACUCAGGACGAGUGAGUCAGAGGAUCACUAAAGAUUACUCGUAUGUCAUGAUAACAGAUCUGAUAGAGGGAGACAGUGGAGAAUAUCAGCUCAUGUUCAUUAUGAAGGAUGGAGUUAAACAUCUCAGCUCAGUCACAGUCAAUCUAACAGUUUCAGUUUUACAGGUAAAGAUGAAUCCUGAAUCUACAGGACAGCGAGUAAAACUGAGCUGUGAUUCCUCCUGCCCUUUAAUAUCUGAAAACAGAUACAGCUGGUUCAAGAAUGGACAAUAUUUAAAAAUUGGCCAAAGCAUAUUUGUGUCAUCCAGUGAAAACACUGACAGUUAUUUCUGCUCUGUGUCUUUUUCAUCACCCUCUUCAUCUUUGUGUCUUUCUAACAGUAGCUGUUGGGGUGUGACUUACACCUCUAGAAGAGUUUGUGCUUUAGUGGGAUCAACAGUAGAUAUUAACUCUUCAUACUCACAUCCCACUGGAUAUACAGUAGACAAAACAUACUGGGAUUACAGUCGUUAUGGGGCAUUCAGUGAUCUGCGUGAUGUUCAGUUUUCUGGUCGUGUGGAGUUUGUGGGAAACACACUGAGAAUCAAAGACGUCAACACGAGUGACACUGGAGAAUAUUACUUCAGGUUCAUCACUAACACAUCAGAUGAAGUUUCUGGUUAUCCUGGAGUCUAUCUUACUGUUACAGCUGGUAUAUGUGAGUUUCUACAAAGAGAAAUCAUGAACUUCAGACUCUCAUCACUGAUCCUGCUGUUACACAUUCAAGUAGACAAAACAUCCUGGGAUAACCGUCGUUAUGGGGCAUUCAGAGAUCUGCUUGAGGAUCGUCAGUUUUCUGGUCGUGUGGAGUUUGUGGGAAACACACUGAGAAUCAAAGACGUCAACACGAGUGACACUGGAGAUUAUCAGUUCAGGUUCAUCACUAACACAUCAGAUGUAGUUUCUGGUUAUCCUGGAGUCUAUCUUACUGUUACAGGUAAGAGUAACAUAAUAAACUCUCUGUAG